CAAAGUGUUUUUUUUUUUAAUUCACGGAAGGACAAGAAUACACGAGAGAAUUUUGUGGAUUUUGCAAGAAUCUUGAUCUGUAUUUCUGAAUCAGCAGUUGGAAGAUCAUGCAAAGAGAGAUCGAGUGAUCUUUGCAGAAAUUCAAAAGUAUUUUUUUUUUUUUUUACAAACGGAGAGUGAUCAACUGUUAUUUGUGAUCGGAGUACAAACGAAUGUCAAUUAAAUAGACGAGGAAAUUAUAGGCUUAUAAAAAGAAAAGAAAGACAAAACGCUACGUUAUGUUCAUCUGAUGACAACGAUCUCGCCUGUGAGUUUCAAUUAUCAGUGACACCUGGACGCGGUUCUUGUCUUUGCCGAACAGUCGAUGUUUAUCGAGGAUUUCUAACGACUGACACCCUCAAUCGCGACAUCAUAAUGCGGCUGCAAUGACAUAUCCCGUCCAUCGUUAUGGGAUCGAUAUAUUAUAUUAGACGAUAGCGCAUGAUCGAGGAAUCAGAUCAAUCGCGCGUCUCUUCGAGGUCUUACAGUCGACUUUACGGUGGUUGACCGCGCAUCGAUCACGUCGAUCCGCCCGUUCGGUCCACCAACUAUUUCUUCCACUCGUCCUCACCCUCGAGCGCAACAUGUGGCGGGUGGUGGUAGCGCGUUCCGACGACAACAGCACCCUGCUGUCCUCCGAAAUCACUUCCGGCGCUGUCGCGCCUAGUCACCUGACGACGCUGUCGGCACCUCCGUCAGGUCAUCAUUGGGGUUACCCGCCACCGCCGCAUCACUCGCCCUAUCAACCGCCCUCUCAGCAUCCAGAUAUGCGUCAUCAUCACGACAUGCGUCCGCCCGCCACUCACAGCGAGCUGCGGCAUCCCGCCGCCGUCCCCGGUGACCUCAGGAGUCAAGAACUGCGACAUGAGAUGCAACGAUCGGACCUGCGACACCCAGCGGAGAUGCAAAGGCAUCAGGAGGUACAGAGACACCAGGAACUAUCCAGACACGACAUCGCCAGGCACCAGGACGUCCGGCAUCAGGACAUAUCAGGCAUGAGGCCGGACAUAUCGGAGCUGCGCCCCAGUCACGAGUACUUGGAGCUUAAAAUCGACACGGAAUUGAGAAAUCAGGACAAUAGCCAACAACAACAGCAGCAGCAACAGCAACAGCAGCAGCAACAGCAGCAGCAGCAGUCGCAACAAAGUCAGGGGCAUCAGCAGAGGAAUCUGAAGAGGACCAUGAGCGAUUCAGACUGCGACGAUGUGUUCUCAGAGGAAAGCGGCAAGGAACCAUGCAACUCGCCCGGCGGAGACUCAUGCCAGCACGCGUCGCGGAAACGCAGGAGGGGAAUGAUCGAGAAGAAGCGUCGCGACAGGAUCAAUGCGUCCCUCAGCGAGCUCAGGAGAUUGGUCCCGGCGGCUGCGAGGGAUCCUCACAGCGGAAAACUGGAGAAGGCCGAGAUUUUGCAGCUCACCGUCGAGCAUCUGCGCACGCUUCGCAAUAAGGGACCAGAGGGUUACGACAGCACGAAGCUGGCCAUGGAUUACCACGCGGUAGGCUGGGGCGAAUGCGCCGCCGAGGUGGGUCGCUACCUGGUGACCAUGGAAGGACUGGACGAGAGGGAUCCCCUUCGACUGCGUCUUUUAUCACACCUCCAGAGCUUCCACAGGGAGCAUCCACCGUCGGCCGUGCCCUCGGCGGUAGCCUCGGCACCUACGUCCACCUCCACUGCCAGCAGCUACGAGCCGCCACCGAACACGAUAUCCGCCGGGAUGCCGCCCGGUCCGGGGAGCAUGCCGCCCCUUCUGGGCGGCGGUACCCUUGGCUGGGGUCAGUACCCGGGUCAGUAUCCCCAGCAGCAACACGGGAAGCCUUAUCGACCUUGGGGCGCGGAACUGGCGUACUGACCGUGAAUUCUCGAUCGAUGACGAGGUUCGGCGCGAGGGUGGUAUAAGCCGGAACAAUGAUGACAAUUUCAUGCGAUCUCAGAAUUUCUCUCCCUCUUUUUGGAAAAUUUUAUACAUAGAAUGCAGUAAAACAUAAAUAACUGAAGACUGUAUCGGAUAUUUCCACAAAAUGGGAGAGAAUAUAAAUUAUAUCACUCUUUUGCCGAUCGAUUUUCUUAGAAGAUUUAAUUAUGGCGGCAGCGUGCUCAUGUUGAUAAGUCAGUUGUCAUCUUUUCCGAGGAUUUGUUAAUAGUGAAGUGAUUUGUAAUAUUUAUAUGCGACUGACAGAUCUAAUUGUUACAAUCGUAUGAAACAAGACCAACGUGAGCGGCGAAUUUUGCCGCUUUCGUGUACGUAGGAUGUACGAUUUUUGUAUACGACAUUUUAUCAUUUUGAACAUAUCUCAGGAACUUCCGCAACGACCAAAUUUUAUAUAUCGAUGUAUUUUCAAUGAGUGAGACAAUGAUAGUCAUACAGGUACCUAAUUAAAAGAAUAUUUAUUAAUAGGAAAGAAGAUUGUAUAUAGAUUGUACAUAAUGUUUUUGUAAAUAAUGAGAAUUAUGCGUCCGUGAUUUUAUCGGAAAUCUUGUAACCGGCUGUACACCGGUUUUUUUACGCGAUGCCGCCGUUUCGCUUCCCAAUCGCGCUCGUCGCCGAGCGAUAAAGUCGAUUGCGCGAGCGUGUAAAGUCCAGCGCGCCGCGGCGCAAAGAGGAAGGAAGAGAAGGGAGAAAAGAAGGAGAAAAAGGAAAACAAAAAAAAAAAGAAAAGAACGAAACGAUCGUCAUACGCAUUCGCAACGUGCCAUUACGCAUUUCAGUAUACUACGUGUGGGAGAAAUCCAAGUAUUUUUGCAAUACGAUUUUAUAAUAAAGCGAUAACACGAGGAAUAUAAAUAUAGAAUCUUGUCUCGCCUGUGAUUCUCCCUCCCCCACUGCACUUUCCACCAAGAGAAUCCAAUCUCGGAUGUGUAUUCCGAGAAUCAUUCGUAAUGAGAAUACGAACUGCGGGAAACUGAGAUCCAACUGAGUUCUUGUUGAAUAAUCAAUACAUUGAAGGAAAGAAGACGCUAUAAAUCGAGUAUUUCGCACAAACGCACCCUCAUUCAUCAUUCGCAGAAUCUAAGCACUUGAUACCGCCCCCAAAUAUAUUCUCUCGAUGUUUACGCGUCCUAUCUAUUAUGCAAUCUGUUUACGAUCGGAAGCACGUGCUUUCGAAUUGACGAAAGCAGCGAUCAUGUUUGGAAAGACUUCCGGUUGCGAUUAUUCUCUUCCGUCUUAUCACAGGCAGCCCUAAUUGGUCUGCUUUCGUAAGUAAAAGAAAUACAUUCGGUCGCACAAAUAUAUUCGUUUUACAUUUAAAAAUCCUCGACCGAUUUUCACAGUUGAUGUGUCCCUCGUGUCCCGAAUAUAAGUAGCUUUAACGAUUUCGCUCUUAAAAAAAAAA